GGGACGACGUGGCAGCAAACACAAGGGGCCCGGCGGGCCCCGGGGCUGUGGGGACUGACGCCUGUGUGCCUUUCUACCCGGCAGGGCCGAUGGACGCCUUCAGCACCAAGAGCCUGGCCCUGCAGGCCCAGAAGAAGCUCCUGAGCAAGAUGGCGUCCAAGGCCACCAUGGCCGUGUUCAUCGACGACACGAGCAGCGAGGUGCUGGACGAGCUGUACCGCGCCACCAAAGAGUUCACACGCAGCCGCAAGGAGGCCCAGAAGGUGCUCAAGAACCUGGUCAAGGUGGCCGUGAAGCUGGGCGUCCUGCUCCGCAGCAGCCAGCUGGACAGCGAGGAGCUGGCCCUGCUGCAGCGCUUCCGCCAGAGGGCACGCCGCCUGGCCAUGACCGCGGUCAGCUUCCACCAGGUGGACUUCACCUUCGACCGGCGCGUGCUGGCCGCCGCCCUGCACGAGUGCCGGGACCUGCUGCACCAGGCCGUGGGCACGCACCUGACGGCCAAAUCCCACGGCCGCAUCAACCACGUCUUCGGCCACUUGGCCGACUGCGACUUCCUGGCGGCGCUCUACAGCCCCGCCGAGCCCUACCGCUCGCACCUGCGCCACAUCUGCGAGGGCCUCACCAGGAUGCUGGACGACGACAGCAUAUGACCUCUGGGCCUGGGUUUGCUGCGGGGGCGGGGGCGGCUCCAGAACCUCUUUUCUCCCGUCCAAUUCUGGCCAAAUCCCCAGGACAGGUGCCCGUCUCCUCGGAGAGGAUGCUAAUCCGUGCGAGGCAGCGGUUUUAAGGACUCUUGUCGCCUCUCCCUCUGCCCCAUCUCCAGAGGACAAGAGCUCAGCCUGCCGGCCCGUGGCCUCCCCAAGCACCCUGAGACUGCUCUCUGCCCAGGCUGGCCUGGCCUGACCGCACCACCCCUCCAGCCACCGGAUGCCUCUGGAAGCUGGAGCUCGCCACUUAAUGAUGUGAACGAUGUUGCCGGUUGCUUGCGACAGGGUCAUGGUGAACCGCAAGAAAGGGAGUGUUACAGGGUGAGCUGCAUCUCCCCAAAUUCUCUGAAGUCCUAGCCCCCAGGACCUCUGAAUGUGACCUUCUUGGGAAGGAGGGUCGUUGCAGAUGUAAUUAGUUAAGAUGAGGUCAGGCUGGAGUAGGGCUGGGCCCCUGGUCCUUGUAGGAAGGGGACAUUCGGACGUGUGUGAAGAUGGGGGCAGACACUGGAACAGCCCAGCUGACAUCCUGAUUGCAGGCUUUUGGCCUCCAGAACUAAGAGGGAACACAUUUCUGUUGCUGCCUCCGCCCGGCCGGGGGCACUCAGUUCCGGCAGCCCCAGGGCAGGUGCACCGGGGCGCCGAGGAGAGCGCCGGGGUGGCUGCUCUGGGUAGGAUGUCUCGAUGGGGCUGGAAUCGCAGCCGACUCCCACGUGGGAGGGGUCAGAGGGUGUCCCCGACCCGGGGCUCCAGGGUAAAGCCAGCUGAGAGGCAUGCCCAUUUGAAGAUGAUCAUCUCACGUGUUCGGUAGACCAACAACUGUUUUGACGAGACCACGGAAAGCAACGCUCAACAAAUUCUGGCUUUGGCGACACCCAGAGGAUGCAGGGACUCUCAGCUCAGGGCGCAGAUGGACAGGUGGGGCGUGGGAGUGUAGCUGCGGCGCUCGUUUGGCAGAAGGGGCAUGCGUAACGCUGCGGCAGGUGGGUCGAGGCAGGGCUGGGAAGGCUGUUCGGGGCACCUGCGGGGCGGGGGAGGGGGGACGAGGUCUCACGACUACUUGUGCAGGACCAGGUCUGUGGGGCAAAGCUUUCAAACCGGAGGCCUGCAGGCCUUUGUAGGCGAGAAGACGGGUGUGGUCGGCCCCAUCCAUUGAGACACCUGGCGUUAGUCAAGGAUACUGCACGUACCCACCUAGACGUGGAGUCUUGCUCGGAAACUUGCCUGAGCCUGCGCUGGCCGCCGCUGUCGCUACACUGACGUUGCCCCUCCGGCCCGCCGCAGUCCCCACCACGCCCUUUUGCCUCCCCCUGGCCUGCUGCACUGGCUGACAGGGCACUGUUGCCCCAGAUGCAGGACGGCCUUCCUCUGGUUGGGUUUCUGCUUCCUUGAGAAAGCCAAGGUUCUCCUGCCCGCGAGCCAGCCCCUCUGCCCACCUCUGCCCCACCCCGCUAAGGCAAACCUGCCCUCCCAUCUUCUGUCAGGAGACAGAUCUUCACAUUCAAGAACAAUCUGCAUUCUGAGCACCCGAGAAGCCCCAGAGGAAAGAAAGCCUUUGUCCUCGGCUUUGCACACUGAAUUCAUCAAUGUGCAUAAGGCUUUGUACUGGUGCCCUGCUGGGCUGUCCAGCCUGUCUUGACUCUUCAUAAUUUGAGAUUUAAUUAGAAAAACCAAAGAGCACCACAGAACUAUUUCAAUAAAAGCACACAUCUUCCAUUUGCAUCA